GAGUUGGAGCUCAAAGCUGGACUUUCUUCUGCGGGCUCUCUGACCAGCAGGUGAAAGUCUACCUGCUCAUUACGGCCCGCCGUACCUGCAGCCGUCCUCUUUCUCCACCCAUUCAUCCUCGAGCCGUCCGCAUGCCUCCUCCCUCACAGCUGGGUCGUAUAUAAUGGAAAUCACACAAGGUUUUCACCUCUCCUGAAAGACAUUUCAUAGGCGCUGGUUGCAAUUUGGAGUGUUAUGAGUGAGGAUCAUCAGGAGCUGGGGAGCGACACUUUUUGUUCAAGGUCAAACGCCGGGUGUCCAUGUCUCCGUCUCUGGCCAGAUCUGCUCCCAGCGAGCUCAACCACUGGUGGAGCCAGCUGAAGUUUCGCCUGCAAAACAAGAAAGGAUGGAAUGAGAUGCUGGAUGAGACGUUUCUGCUCCACACAAAAAACAUAAAUGACAUUCCUCUCUUCUAUGCGGCUAAAAAGAACAGCACUGGCUGCAUUAAGAAAUUGCUCAGCUGUGCUUCCACCAACAUCUUCGAGAGAGGGGCCCUGGGAGAGACGGCUCUGCAUGUUGCUGUGAUGAACGAUAACCAGGAUGCCGCCGUGGCUCUGAUGGACGGAGCUCCCGAGCUCAUCAACGAACCCAUGACCUCUGAGCUUUUCCAAGGUGUCACUCCUCUCCACAUCGCCGUGGUGAAUCAGAACAUCAACCUGGUCAGUCAUCUGAUUAGUCGUGGCGGUGACGUGUCCACGCCUCGAGUCACCGGUCUGUAUUUUAGGAAGCGGAUCGGAGGCCUUCUGUACUGCGGUGAGCACAUCCUGUCUUUUGCUGCUUGUGCUGGAAACGAGGACAUUAUUUCCAUGGUCAUAGAUGCAGGGGCGAGCACUCGGGUCCAGGAUUACCGAGGCAACACAUUGCUUCACAUUUUGGUUCUGCAGCCCAACAAGACGAUUGCAUGCCAGGCCAUUGACCUGAUUCUGACACGCGAUGCGGAGCUGGACCAGCCAGUGCCUCUCGACAUGGUGCCAAACUACCGAGGACUCACGCCCUUUAAACUGGCUGCCAAGGAGGGGAACAUCGUGGCUUUUCAGCACCUGGUUAACAAGAGGCGAGUGGUGCAGUGGAGUCUGGGCCCUCUGAGCUCGCACCUGUACGACCUGACCGAGAUCGACUCGUGGGCCGACAGCAUGUCAGUGCUUGAGCUCAUCGUGGCCAGCCACCAGAGAGAGGCAAGAAGGAUACUUGAGGUCACUCCUGUUAGACAGCUGGUCAGUCUGAAGUGGAACCUGUACGGGAAACAUUACUUCAGGCUGCUGCUGCUGCUGUACCUCCUCUACAUCGGGACCUUCACCCUGUGCUGUGUGUUCCGCCCUCUGAAGGACGCUCCGGAGAACUACACAAAAUCAGACAUGGACAAAACCAUCAGGGUCCAGAAGACGCUCAAUGAGAGUUAUGUGACAUAUGAGGACAGCUUGCGGCUGGCGGGGGAGGUCAUCAGCAUCCUGGGCGCUUUGCUCAUCCUCCUACUGGAGAUCCCUGAUAUCCUGAGAGUGGGAGCGAGGCGUUACUUCGGCCAGACGGCACUGGGAGGCCCCUUCCACGUCAUCCUUAUCAGCUAUGCCUGCCUGGUGGUGCUGCUGUGUGUGUUCAGAGCCUGCGAGGUGCAGGGAGAGGCCGAGGUCAUGGCCGUGUGUUUGGUCCUGGGCUGGUGCAACGUCAUGUUCUUCGCCCGAGGCUUUGAGAUGCUCGGCCCGUACGUCAUCAUGAUACAGAAGAUUAUAUUUGGAGACCUGACCAAGUUCAUGUGGCUGAGUUUCAUUGUGCUCAUUGGUUUUUCCACCUCGCUGUGGAUGGUGUAUAUGACGCAGGAACCGGACGCCAUCCCUUCGUACCGCUCCUUCCCCAUCACCCUCUUCUCCCAGUUUGAGCUGAGCGUGGGCCUCAUCGACCUCCCGGUGGAGCACACCAUCUUCACCCCGCCCAUCGUCCACGUCCUGCACUGCACCUUCUCGGUGGUCUCCUACAUCCUCCUCCUCAACCUGCUCAUCGCCAUGAUGAGUGACACGCACUGGAGGGUGGCCCAGGAGCGAGACGAGCUCUGGAGGACUCAGGUGGUGGCCACGACUCUGAUGCUGGAGCGGAGGCUUCCCCGCUGCCUGUGGCCUCGGCUCGGGGUGUGUGGGCUGAAUUACGGACUGAAGGAGCGCUGGUACCUCAGGGUUGAAGACAGACAUGACCCCAUGAUACAAAAGAUGCGACGUUAUAUUAAAGCUUUCUCGAAAGAGGAGGAAAAUGAAAGAGAGGAGCUGGAGAAGUCCGACACGGUCAAGGAAACUGUGAAGCUCAGGCAUAAAAACAGAGGAUUCAACAGGAGAACCCUGACAGGGUGGGAUAUGAUUCGGCACAGCACUUUAGGCCUGGAGAUGGAGCAGGAGGAGUCGGUAGACGACCCGGACAUUAAAUAUGUCUAAGGAGGAGGUUCUGGGCCAUUUCUAUCAUAUUCAAAUCCUGAACAUAUGAAGCCGAUAUCAAGAGUUGUUGGAUUUCACUGAACUGGCAAAGAAACGACUCAACUCACCAAGUUCCGCCAUGUAACCAACGGUGCAAUUGUUCCUGCAGU